AUGCAUGGCUCUGGGGCCUGUGGCCCCUUCGUCUACCUGGACCCUGGCUUCUCCAUGGUGGCUGUGGGGGUGCUGCUGGCCACCACUCUGCCCCAGGUGUGCUGCUACGGUUGGCUGCUGCUCCAGGCCGUCCCGCCCCAGGUGUGUGUGUCUGAUCUGGGCCGGCGGAUCGCCAGUGUGCCAGGGGUGCAGGCGGUGCACGACCUCCACGUGUGGCAGCUGACAGAGAGCUGCCUGGUGGCGUCUGUACAUGUCCACUGCCACGCUGGGUUCCAGAUACACAGGUGUGGUGAUCUGUUGUCGGGGGUCACCAAGGUGCUGCAAAGUGUAGGUGUGAGCUGCUGCACCGUACAACCAGAGUUCCUCCUCUCUACUCCCACAGCCAACGGCAACCUGGAUAACAACAGCACCAACCCCGCCAUCAUCCAUAGGGAGAUGCCCUCAGACCUCGCCUGCAGCCUGGCCUGUGGGAAGGGCUGUGCUGGGAAGAUUUGCUGUGCUCCUCUGGAAGAAGGGUCUACAGAGCCACUGGCACCCCCUGCUGGGGAAACUGAGGAGGAGCCUCACGUGCUGAUCAUCGAGAACACCUUUCUUUGA